AUGAGAGAAGAACUUGGCCAAGUGCAUGUUCUUGAGACAACUCCACAUCCUCAAAGAUCCCAAGAGCCUUCAUUGUGUCAUGUGGGUACUUGGUUUCCACAAAAUCCAUGGAGAAGAGAGCAUUGUAGUGCUCUUGGUACAUGGGGAGUUCAUCCUCUCUUCUUGUGGCUCAGCCUCCUCCAUGGGCACAUUCAUCAUUACUCUCAUGCCACUUUCAUCAACCUCUUGAUUGACCUCUCUCCUUCUUCACUUCAGAGUCAUCACUCUCUCUCCAAUGUUCACCCCAAUCUCAAACUCUCCCUUCUCUCACUGCUAUGGGUCAUUCCUCUUCUUGGUCCUUCUCUCUUCCCUCAACCUCUCAAUCUCUUCCACAUCUCCUUGCUCAUUCCCUUAAGCAUUCUCCUUGCUCCUCUCGUUAUCUCCUCCUUUCCAAUUGCAUUGCCUUGCUUCCUUCACCUCUCAACAUCUUAA